AUGGCGAGCGCCCAGUACAACGAGGCGGCCAUGGAGAAGACGCUGCCCGCCGACGUCUACGGCCGCUUCAAGGAGGCGCUCGUCUCGGGCGCGGCGACGUCCGAGGCGGACCAGGAGGUCAUCUCCAAAGCCCUCUUCGCCUGGUCCCGCGAGCUCGGCGCCACCGACUACGCCCACUGGUUCUUCCCCAUGCGCGGCGGCAGCGGCGCGGUCGGCGGCAUGCUCGGCGGGCUCAAGUGCGACGCGUUCAUCGACCUCGACUGGAGCUCGUCGGCGUCCAUCAAGCCCUACAAGGCCAUGUUCCCCGACGGGCGCCUCUACACGGGCGAGACCGACGGCUCGUCCUUCCCCAACGGCGGCCUCCGCGCGACGCACACGGCCGCGGCGUUCACGUCGUGGGACCGGUCGAGCCCGUGCUUCGUCUACGACAAGGUGCUGCGCAUCCCCUGCGCCUUCGUGACCCACGACGGCAAGUGCAUCGACGAGAAGACGCCCCUCCUGCGGUCCCAGGACGCCGUCGCCCGCGAGGGCCUCAAGAUGCUCAAGGCCGUCGGCUGCGAGCCCAAGGCGACGACGCUCUACUCCUACCUGGGCUGGGAGCAGGAGUUCUUCGUCGUGAGCGCCGAGCUCUACAAGAAGCGGCCGGACCUCGUCAAUUGCGGCCGCACGCUCUUCGGCAAGCUGCCCCCGCGGAACCAGAACGGCGACCUCAACUACUUUGGCGCGACGCCGCCGUCCGUGGAGGACCUCCUCGUGGCCGUCCAGGCCAUCUGCCUCAAGCUCGGCAUGCCCAUGUCCGUGCGCCACAACGAGGUCGCGCCGGGCCAGCACGAGAUGUCGCCCAUCUUCUGCGCGUCCAACGCGUCGGCCGACGGCAACGUGCUCUUCAUGGAGAUCUGCACGAAGGAGGCCUACAAGCGGGGCCUCGUCGUCCUCUUCCACGAGAAGCCCUUCGCGGGCAUCAACGGCAACGGCAAGCACGCGAACUGGUCCGUGGGCACGGACUCGGGCCUCAACUUCUUCUACCCGGGCAAGACGCCCGACGCGAUGAAGAUGUUCACGACGGGCGUCGCGUGCCUCGCCUACGGCCUCGCCCAGCACAACGAGCUCGUGCGCUGCUCCGUGGCCCACGCGGGCAACGACCACCGUCUAGGCGCCCAGGAGGCGCCGCCGGCCAUCAUCUCGCUCUACCCGGGCACGGGCUUCGAGCAGCACGUCGACGCGUUGAUCGCGGGCACCGCGGAGCUCGACACCUACAAGGCCGAGAAGAAGCUCGCGGCGCCCGGCUGCGCGUCGGCGGCGCCCGUGGAGACGAACGUCGAGGACCGCAACCGCACGGCGCCCUUCCCCUUCUGCGGCAACCGCUUCGAGUUCCGCGCGUGCGGGUCGUCGCAGAACUGCGCGUUCCCCAUCCUCGCGUGCAACGCGGUCAUGGCCGCGGGCUUCUCCGCGCUGACGAAGCUGGUCGAGGGCGGCAAGUCCCACAAGGAGGCCGUCGCCCAGCUCUUCAAGGACAACCGCCACGUCAUCUUCACGGGCAACGGCUACAGCGCCGAGUGGCCCGUCGAGGCGAAGAAGCGCGGGCUGCCGAACCUCAACACGACGCCGCUGGCCAUCCCCGAGUUCGCGUCGGCGAAGAACAAGCAGCUCUUCAAGGACCUCCAGAUCUACGCGGAGGACGAGACGGACGCGCGCGCGGAGGUCAUGUACGAGAACUACAACACGACGCUCUGCACGGAGGUCGAGACCAUGGUCGCCAUGGUCAAGACGGCCUUCCUGCCGGCCUGCGCCAAGGAUCUGGCGCUCUACGCGGCCGCGCCCUCGCUCGCCGGCGACAAGGCCGCGACCUACGGCGCGAUCAAGACCAAGUGCGCGGACCUCGAGGGCCUCUUCGCGAAGAAGCCCCACGACCUCGCCGCGGAGGCGACCUACCUCUGCGACACCAUCAAGCCCGCCAUGGACGCGCUCCGCGCGGCCGUCGACGCCGCCGAGAGCGAGAUGAGCGCCGAGAUCUACCCCUUCCCGACCUACGAGGCCCUCGUCUACUCCCACCACUUCUAG